AUGCGGCUGCCGCCAGACGCACCCAUCAAGCAGGAGAUCGACCUGCCCCGCAAGCUCGCGUCGAUCGUGCUGGGCGUGCGCGGCGCGACGGCCGGGCGGCUGCGGCGCGAGAGCGGGGCCAAGCUGCACGUGGUGGUCACAGAGAAGGACAACCCCCUGCAGAUCCUUGAGAUCGAGGGUCUGUUUGAGCAGGUUGCGCGCUGCGUGGGGCUGGUGCGGGACCUGCUGUCGCAGGAGGCCGGCAGGGAGGGCGCCAACGUCCGGCCGCGCCCCGAGGUGUCGAGCCGCUUCCUGGUGCUGUCCUCUGUCAUAGGGCCCUGCAUCAUCGGCAAGGGCGGGUCCCACGUGAAGUCCAUCAAGGACAAGACAGGCGCCAAGGUCGAGGUCACACGUGAGCGCCUGGGGGCCCGCGUUUCUUGGGCAGCGUUGCGAUGA